AUGGUGCGAAUCAUCGGGCAAAUGGUUUACAUGCUUCUGGCUCUAACAGGGCACAAACGAUUUGCUCGCGAAGCCUUCCUGUUCCUGAAACACCAUGUCACGUCAUCCAUCGAGUUACCACCUUGGAUCAAACGUCAGUUCGCCUACAGUGAAUAUUGGUGGGGUGUGGACGUGAUGGGAAUGGGCGUCAGGUUUCUCUCUCUCCUGGCCGCCCUGUUCUCCGCGACAACUUGUGCUGAUGACUACUCCGACUACGGUGGGCUCCCCGUCAACUUCAACCGCGAGGACAACGAUCCCAGCUUGUUGACGCUCAGCGGGAGAAUCUCCCACAACUAUUUCCGACCCUUCGGCAUCCAAGGAUGCCCGUCGGCCUGUGACUGCCCGAUACAGUGGCUCAAUGCCAUAUACUGCGACAACAGGGAUCUCGGCCACGUGCCAUUCACGCUGCCAAGGAGGACUCGCUAUCUCUAUGUCCAAGGCAAUCGCAUCCAACACCUUCCGGCAGCCAUUUUCAGCAACACCACCGAGCUGAAAUGGCUCGUCUUGGACAGAAAUGAGAUCGGGAACGAGGCCAUUGGGAAUGGUGUCUUCAGCAGUCUCAGCCAGUUGGAAAAUCUGUACAUGAAUCACAACAACUUGACCGAGGUACCAACAUUGCUGCCUGGUAGCUUGAAAGAUCUGAGACUGGCCCAUAACAGGAUCACUAACCUCUCCUCCGAGCCCUUCAGAGACCUGGUGAACCUCACCAUCUUACUGCUGCAGGGCAAUCAGCUGUCAGCCAUCGACGGAAAUCAGAUGAAAGGCUUGAAGUCCAUCGUUCACCUGGAUCUGAGUAACAACCAUCUGGCUGAAUUCCCCGAGAACCUGCCUGUCACCAUCCAGCAGCUGUACUGCAGCAGGAACGCUCUGGGUUCCCUCCCGCCCGGCUGUUUUGCCCAGUUUGAGAGGCUCCUGUACCUGCGGCUGGGCCACAACAGCCUGGACAGCGACCGUCUGGCCCGCGACGUCUUCAACGUCUCCUCGCUGAUCGAGUUGGACCUGGGCUACAACAACUUCACCUCUGUCCCUCUCGUGCACCAGAACCUGCGCUAUCUCUACAUCGAGGCCAACCGGAUUGAUGAGUUCAACGUGACCAGUUUCUGUCGGAGAGUCAGCCCAGUGGAUUACUCCCAGAUGCGGAUUCUGCGGCUGGACGGGAACAAACUCACCUACAAUCAGCUGCCCAGUGACUGGAUAUGGUGUCUGAGAAUAAUUGCCCAGAUAUACAUCUAGAGUGUUCGAAACACGAUCACAUAGCCAGGAAUUUAAAGUUUAACUGAAACCAUUUAACACAACACGGAGUAAUAUAAUAACCUCUCGCAGUUACCUUCUCGCUCGUGUUACGAAUAUUUGUACACAGCUUUCUUUAUCUUUUGUAUUAAACUUUAUUCGCCACUUAUC